AUACGAACCGCGCUUUAACACCGAUUAUGGUGAUGAAGAAGAAGAAAACGGACGCACGAUUGCGCACGCAUCUCCGAUUUGAGACAUGGUUGCAUUUAUCAACAUCGUUUGCCUAAAUAGAUCUCUUACAAAUGUCGAAUUGGUCCAAUAUCAACAUUUGCCAUAGCGUGAGAACUGGAAAUAUACUGAUUAUUUAUUGCUCAUUGGCUAGCAAAAUUGUUUAAACAUAUUUACUUAGUCACGGCGAAUAAAUACUGGGCUGGACAUGAUGGCCAGCUGCAAUUUUCAGGAGCAGUUUCUAUCCAUUAUGGAGGUAUUGGCUAAAGCAGCAGUAGCAGAAAUAAACAAACGUGUAGAUGAUAGCUGUGCUGUUAUACGUUUGGAAAUGACCCAAAGCCAGCGAGAUAUUGAUGUUCUGAAAAGGAAGUGUCAAAUUAUGGAGAGCGAGUUGAAGAAGACGCGCAGACGAAAGGGUUUUUACCCCAUGGCAUCAGAGAGAUCUCCAUAUCCAGUCAAGAUUGUUUUGAACAAGCAGAGGAGUAGCUCACAGUGGAGAGACAGUGAGAUGUCUGUUGAAGAGGACUCUCAACCCCAUGUGUGAUACAUCACCUUUUACAAUUACAGAGACCUGACCUCUUGGAUAAAUUAUGUUAUUGGAUUAUCAGGAGAAUUUACUGCUUUUGUGUGAUUCAUGAGCAUGAAAAGAGUUAGGUAUGGUGUGUGUCCUGAGUAAUAACCUCUUUCCCUGUUACAGCCUACUGAUGUGGAGCAGAGAGUGGAGACUGAACCCACACUGAUCAAAGAUGAGGAGACAGCAGAGGACGUGUGGAAGGUUGACCCUCAGGAAGAGAUCAGGAUCACUGGAGAGGAGUCUGGUUCCAAGCCUGGGAAACCACCAUCCUUUGAGCAACGGCACUGUGGUGAGGACUUCAUCACACAACCCAAUAUAUCUCCCAGAGACUCAGUGGAACAUUACACCAAUUCUGAUCGUGCAGAGGAACCAGGAACAACCCGGCUCGCAUCUACAGAGGUGUUCAGUACAGAGCAGCACCGGCCAGACGAGGACGACGACUCACUAGACCUAGUGAUGGUGAAGGAUGAGAAAGAUCAGACCACGGCCCUGGCAGGACCUGACCAGUUUGUCAUAGAUGAGUCUGAUGGGCAGCUGUGGACCUCUGUGGAUCCAGGCGGAGACACUGACCCUGUCUGCCACCCAGAUUUCUCCUUUCAUUCCACAGAAGAGUACUCUCAGAAUAUCUCAAUUUUCCCAUCUCAUAGUGGGCUGCCAUCUUUUCCUACUAUGACAGAUGAAGUAGGGCCAUCGCUUCACUCUUCUAUAUGGAAACCACAUGCUAACAUGUUCAGUGCAGCAAAACACAUAACAAGACAUGUCAGGACAUUGGCUGAUGAGACUAGACAACAGAUGCCAGAGGGACAGAGCAGUGAAAGGCUGAACUCAAGUAAUGAAGGAAAUAGUUUAGCUCUACAGCCAAGGCAGCAUCAAUACAGGGCUUCAGAAGCAAAAGUGAGAUUGAGUGAGUGCAUGACAGGGUCAAACAUAGCCACCACCUCCACCUUCUCAGGAUACAGCCUGAGUCGCAGUAGUUUUAACAUGGUGAAGAGAAUGAGGACUCAGUGGAGUUCUGGCAGCACCACCGAGAGGCGUUUCAGCUGCACCUUCUGUGGUAAGAGCUUCCCACGUUUCUGGCAGCUCAAAGAACACCUCCGGAGUCACACCGGAGAGAAACCGUACACCUGUGAACAGUGUGGCAGGAGUUUCACCAAGCAAUGCAACCUGAUCAGACAUGCUGUGGUCCACAGCGGAGAGAAGCCCUACAAGUGCACACAGUGUGGGAAAUGCUUCACUCAGCGCUCCAGCAUGAAGUCACAUCAGAGAACUCACAUAGGAGAGAGUCCAGUGUCUCAAUACGUGGCACCUGCAUACCCUGGAGAUCCACACACAAGUUUAAUGUUGUCUCAGACCAGAUGGAACAAAUAGGAACAUAAUUGCAUUAUGCUUCGGAAACAAUUUCAAUGUGAAAAUGUAGCUCAAUCAACCCUACUCGCAAUCUUCUACACCACUAUCUGAUGUGCUUUGUUUUUGUAUCUAAUACCUCUACUGAUACACUCCCUAUGUAUUUAUUUGGACAGUGAAGCUACAACUUUUAAUUUGGCUCUAUACUCCAGGAUUUUGGAUUUGAGAUCAAAAAAAUUUCAUGAGGCGACAGUACAGAAUGUCACCUUUUAUUUGAGGGUGUUUUCAUACAUCUGUUUUACCAUUUAGAAAUUAAGGCACUUUAUGUAUCUAGUUCCCCCAUUUGAAGGUGGCAUAAGUAUUUGGACAAUUUCACUUAGUGUAUAAAAAUCUGUCAGAAGUUUAGUACUUUGCCCCUUAUUCUUAGCACCUAAUGGCUACAUCAAGCUUGUGACUCUACAAACUUGUUGGAUGCAUUUGCAGUUAGUUUUGGUUGUGUUCUGGAUUAUGGUGCGUCAUUUUGGAGUCACUUUUAUUGUAAAUUAAGUAUUGAAUUUGUUUCUGAACCCUUCUACAUUUUAAACCCUACCAUGACUACGGAUAAUCAUAAAUUGAUCUUGAAUAAUGAUGAGUGAGAAAGUUACAGAGAUAAAUAGCAUGCCCCCCAAAAAAUAGCAUGUUAGCAUGUUUUGGGGGCAUGAUCUUUGUACAUCUGUCACUUUCUCACUUGUUAUUCACAAAUUCAUUCAUGAUUAUCUGUAAUCAUGGUAGCCGCCACAUGAAUGUAGAAGUGUUCAUAUUCUAUUCUUAUUUACAAUAAAAGUGACUCCAAAAUGACACAAUACAUUAUUUACCAUUAAUUUCUAUUGGGCACAAAAUAAUCUGAAACAACUAAAACAAACUACAAAUGCAUCCAGCAAGUUUGUGGAGUCAUGAGCUUGAUGUAGUCAUUGCGUGCUAGGAAUGUGGGACCAAAUACUAAACUUUUGACUAAAUGUAAUACUAAUGACACCUUCAAAUGGGGGGAGUAGAUGCAUUAAGUGCAUUAAUUUCUAAAAUGUAAAACAAAUGUAUAAAAAUACCCUCAAAGUAAAGGGUGACAUUCUGUUAUGUCGCCUCAUAAGACAUUUGAUCUCAAAUCCAAAAUGCUGGAUUAUAGAGCCAAAUGAAAAAUAUUUACUAAAUACGUCGGGGAGUGUAUAUGCCUUGAAAACAUUGAGAAGAACCUCUGAAUGUUAAUUAGCUAUAACACAUGUAGUAUACAAUAGUUAUUGGAAAUAUGUAAUGAAAUUCAGUUUAUUUGAAGUUUACAUGAAACUAGUUUCAUCGUCCUUGUUCCCCAGCUAUGUGUCAAACAAAUAUAUCCCUUUUCCUUGAUUAAAUACCAUACCACAUCUUCA